AUGGAUCCUUUUCCCACCACCUGGUCAUUUCUCUUUGACAAGGACAAGGGUGAAGCCUUGAAGCCAAAGCCUAUCGAGGUUGAUUCAAACUGGGACUCCGACGCCUCCAGCGUCACACUCGAUAAUGACCCAGACAGAUCUCUAUACCUGGACUGUGCUCCAAGUCAUCGAAAAUGUGACAGCGACAGCUCGCCCCGCCAGCAGUCAGUCGAUAUCUGCGAAGUCAUUGAUCUCACCUCGGGAACGGAAGGCUUUAGCGACGGUGACUAUCUCACCGACGAAUGCUACCGAAGACUCCUUCUCAACUGGGAGGGAAGCAGUCCCCAUAGGCCUCAAGUGAUCGAUGAAUGGCCUACAGAGCGGUUGCUUGAGGAGGCGUGCGUGAACGGAAUUGUUUACCGCCCGGGCCAGUCGCUUGAGUUGAUCGAUGGAACCUUCAUCCGCAUCGAAAUAAUCCUACAAACCGCUGCAGACAAAAUACAAUUCAACGGAAGGCACCUAAUUCGAACUGCAGUCCACACGGGGACGUUCAUCCCUAGCUGGGCCAACGAGCUUGUGUGGAUUGCGAAUGAAACAGAUCUGGUCUCAUUCGAUUUGGUCCGGCGCUUUGUGAAUAUCAACUUCACAAACUACUGCCACAUCGACCAAGACGGCCAGAAAAGGGAUCGCCCGCAGGACCUGUUUUGCCGGCUGAAGGAACACUUUGCGUCAGGGGCAAAGGAGGCCGCAUCAGUCGAGUACGUGUCGUUUAACGAAGCCGAUGAAGGUUUCCAGCACGAUCCCGCGAAUCUACGGUGUGCCUGGAGGGGGGAGACCAGUCCGUUCGGAGAGGCUGAAUGCCACCCAAUCGCCUUGGAAAAUUUGGUCGAUCUCACUGACGAAGAGCCGGUCAUCGACAAAAACCAACGACAGUAUACUUUCGGCGAUGGCUUUUGCGGAGCAGGCGGGGUAUCCUGCGGUGCUCGCUCGGCCGGACUGCGCCCCCACUGGGCAUUUGACCAUUCACCGUAUGCCGUUGCUACCUAUAGACUGAACUAUGACACCGCCGCCUGCGAAGGUUCCGACAUAUUCAACUUCUUGACGAAUGAUUACCAGUUCCUGAAGAUCGAUGUCAGCCACGGGUCGCCGCCAUGCCAAACGUUUUCCGCUGCUCAUACGAUUGAGUGUGCCACCGACGAUGCCAACUCGGCAUGUAUCUUCGCAUGUUCCAACAUAAUCAAGAAGGCCAGACCGAGGGUACACACGAUGGAAGAAACGAGUGGACUGUUCGAACGACACAAGGACACCUUCUAUCGCGUUAUCCAGGAUUUUGUGGAGAUCGGAUAUUCUGUUCGGUGGGCGAUAUUGAACUGCGUGGAAUACGGGGUGCCACAGUUGCGAAAACGGUUGAUCAUCAUCGCCUCCGGACCCGGGGAGACGCUGCCGCCCCUCCCGAAACCCACCCAUGGCCUCCCGGGGUCUGGUCUGAAGCCGUACAGCACUAUCAACCAUGUCAUCUCACGGAUCCCUCGGGGAGCGCCCGAUCACGAUGUCGAAGGCGCCCUGGGCCGCAACCCCAACCGUGCCCCGUUCGACCCCAACCAGCAAGCUCGCACCAUCACUUGCGGGGGCGGUGAUAACAAUUACCACCCCUCGGGUCAGCGAGGGUUUACGAACCGCGAGUUCGCCUGUCUCCAGACGUUUCCGAUGAGCUACCGCUUCGGACCCCGACAGGUGCGCAAGCAGAUCGGGAACGCGGUUCCUCCGCUGCUUGCCGAGGCCUGUUAUCGAGCGAUUAAGGACUCUCUGAAUGCGACGGACGAGAGAGAGAUGAGAGCACAUGGCUGA